GCCGCGCGUCCUCGGUAUUUAAUGUGUCUGUGUUCCCCUGGCCCGGCCGAGCACGUGGGGGAGCGGUCAGAACGCUGCGCUGAGGGGCCGCGCGGUAGAGGCGGGGGCCGGGGGGCCGGGGGGCGGCGGCGGCGGCGGCGGCGGCGCGAGGACUCUGCACCCUGACGGGGGCCGAGCAGCGGUGUAAUUACUCCACGCCUCCAGGAUGACGAUCCAGUUCCGUUCACUCUUCCCCCUGGCCCUGCCUGGAGUGCUGGCGCUCCUCGGCUGGUGGUGGUUUUUCUCCCGUAAGAAAGAGCCCCUCGACAGCCACGACAGAGCAGCGGAGGCCGGUGCGGUGGCGCUGCGGGCCGGCCCUGCGGCCCAGGAGGCGCUCCCAGCGGAAGACUCGCGGCCUGGAGCAGCCAGCCCGCCGCCUGAGAGGGAGCUGUGCGGUGGCGGCAGGCCCUCGCCGGAGCCGCCGGCCCUGUUGCGGGCACACCCAGCCUGCCGGAGGUCCGAGUCCUCGGGCGGCCUUCCGAACCCCGCAGACACGAGACUCCGCCCGGGAUCGCGCAAGGAGGUGGAGCUCGCCCUCGCGGGCGAUGAAGCCAAGGUUGUCCCUCUAGAGUGUCCCCUGCCAGCCCCCAAGGGCCUUCCGUUCCCCCACGAGGCAGUCGAGGUGUGUAAGCGAGAGGCCGUGCUGGGCCGGCCGGAGGGACGGGGCCGCCGGGGUCAGCCUGCAGCCCCCGCGGAAAAGCCGGCCCCUGAAGAGAAGGCCCGGGAGACAGGGGGCGCCGAAGGCACGGGGGACGCGGUGCUGGGAGAGAACGUGCUGGAGGAAGGGCCGGCAGCCUGGGAGCCAGCCCCCGAGUUAGAGUUACAGAGCGGCCGGGCGGCCGGAGCGGGAGAGAAGGGCCCGGGCCGCCCGCUGGACGAGGCCGUGGUGGAGGCGGCGCCCGAGGAGACGCUGGCGCCGCGGGGCCUGGCGGGCCAAGCCUGGGAUGGAGCCUUUCCCCAGGAGCAAGGCGGGGAGGAGACCUGGGACAGAAGCGAGGAGACCUGGGACAGAAGCGAGAAGAUCGAGCAGGCUGCCUUCCAGAUCAUCUCCAAAGUGAUCCUGGAGGCCACCGAGGAGGUGCUGGCCACCACCAUGGGCAGGAUCGCGGGCCGGGUGUAUCAGGCCUCAGCCACCCAGCCCCAAGGGCUGAAGAAGGAGAGCUGUGCCCCCGCCAGCCAGAAAACCCCUCUGGGCCUGGAGGCCUCGGAGCCUACCCUGGCUGCGGUGGAGGCGGCAGGGGGUCUGGGGGACACAGCCCUCCCCUCCGCAGAGCCUCCAGAAGGGGACCUGCCAGCGCCAAAGACCUACGUGAGCUGCCUGAGCAGUCCUCUGUCCAGCCCCACCAAGGACAGGAAGCCAAAGAACUCUGCACACCACAUCUCCCUGGCCCCCUGCCCUCUGCCGGCUGCCCCCCUCCGCGAGUUGCUGGACGAGGCAAGCGGCCCUGGGGAAGAGGCCACCCGUGUCCCCUGCGUGUCUGACUGCGGCCAGGCUGUCCCCUGUGGGGCGGCCUCUGGGCAGUGCUCAGAUUCCGCCAGCACCUCGGGGCUUGAAGACUGUUGUCCGGAGACCGCCCCCAGCCCCAGGGGCGAGGCCGACACCCCACUGCUGCCCGAAAGUACUGUGCCCGUCAGCAAUGGGGUGCUGAAGGGGGAGCUGUCAGACUUGGGGACUGAGGACGGAUGGACCGUGGACGUGGAAGCAGACCAUUCGGGAGGUUCAGACGGGAACAGCAUGGACUCGGUGGACAGCUGCUGUGGCCUCAGGAAGCCUGAUGGUUUCCAGAAUGCCCAGGCAGGCUCCAAUCCCAAGAAGGUCGACCUGAUCAUCUGGGAGAUCGAGGUGCCAAAGCACCUGGUUGGUCGGCUGAUUGGCAAGCAGGGACGCUACGUGAGUUUUCUCAAGCAGACAUCUGGUGCCAAGAUCUACAUCUCCACCCUGCCUUACACCCAGAACAUCCAGGUCUGCCACAUCGAAGGCUCUCAGCAUCAUGUGGACAAGGCGCUGAACUUGAUUGGCAAGAAGUUCAAAGAACUGAACCUCACCAACAUUUACGCUCCCCCGCUGCCUUCGCUGGCACUGCCUUCUCUUCCAAUGACUUCCUGGCUCAUGCUCCCGGACGGCGUCACCGUGGAGGUGAUCGUGGUCAACCAGGUCAAUGCCGGGCACCUGUUCGUGCAGCAGCACACACACCCCACCUUCCACGCGCUGCGCAGCCUGGACCAGCAGAUGUACCUCUGCUACUCUCAGCCUGGCAUCCCCACCUUGCCCACCCCGGUGGAGAUAACAGUCAUCUGCGCUGCCCCUGGCGUGGACGGGGCCUGGUGGCGAGCCCAGGUGGUGGCCGCCUACGAGGACACCAACGAGGUCGAGAUUCGCUACGUCGACUACGGUGGCUACAAGAGGGUGAAGGUAGACGUGCUGCGGCAGAUCCGGUCUGACUUUGUGACCCUGCCGUUCCAGGGAGCGGAGGUGCUUCUGGACAGCGUGAUGCCCCUGUCAGACGAUGACCACUUCUCCCCCGAGGCGGACGCGGCUAUGAGCGAGAUGACGGGGAACACAGCGCUGCUGGCUCAGGUGACGAGUUACAGCCCAACCGGCCUUCCUCUGAUUCAACUGUGGAGCGUGGUUGGAGAUGAAGUGGUGUUGAUAAACCGGUCGCUGGUGGAGCGAGGACUCGCUCAGUGGGUGGACAGCUGCUACUCAAGCCUCUGACCCGCUCCACACCGCCUCUGGAGUCUGUUUUGCACUGUUGAAAUUGGGCUUGGCACUCAAGGCAAAGACUUUACAGCAGAAUUACAAACACUUGUCUCCAGAGACUCCUUUCGUUCCGUACUGUAGUCAUGUUGAGCUGUUUCCGUCUCUGAGAUGAGGGAAUUGUGGGUUCUUUUCAAAGCCAUCAGAUGGCGUGUAUCAAGCCAGUAGGCUUAACCUGGUUCCAAGCUGUUUAUAAAACAAACAAAAACAAUGAAAGGAAAACUGCCUCAGCUCGGUUGUCCUGCCCUUCCCCCCAUUCCCUUCCUCCCUUCUUCCUGCCUCUAUAUUUCCUCCCAAACCCAAACCCCUGUAAGCAGACAGGCCAAGGGAUGUGUUGUUGCUUUUGGGGAAGGGAUUCUUUUACCUUCGGGUCUUUCUUCAGGGAGCAAGACAUGAACUGACUGAUGGGCGUCAAUCGCUUGUAUAGCUUACAAAUGAAUUUAUGAUUGUUUAACCAUUUUUUAUGAACUCCAUCUAGGUCUCUUAAGAAGACAGACUUUUUAAUGCAUCUGUAAAUACAGAGCAAUCGUACCUCCGGCCUCAGUCAGUGAUAGAGGAGGGGGGGAACUUAUCUUGCCAAGCCUGGUUGUAAUUUGUAACCAUUUUCUAUUUGUGCAAACUCUGUAAAUAUGUUUAAAAAAAAUGUAAUUAUUUUGUACAAGAUACACUGGAGAACAAAGGGAACUCAAGGUUUUUCCAUAUCCCGUGUCAUCUAUGACACUGCCUGUCCCAGCUCCCAUCGCUUCCUGCAUAACCGGACAGGGUGAGCGUAUGGUAUAGGGUGUGACCCGGGGAUUUUUUUUUUUUCUGUACAAAUUUGUUUAAAAAACAAACAAGCAAAAAAAAAACCUCAUUGGAUUACCUUGCAGUGGCGUGUGUUGAUUCUUUUUUAGACUGAUUUCAUGCAGCAUUGUGCAAUUUAAGUAACUUAAACAUACAAACAUAUAAAUCUCAAAUUGUG